GUGUGCUGUGUGGCCUCGAAGACUUUCCUGAACUUCUACGAAUGCACCGACGUGGUCUUGGAGGCUCCCCGCAGGAGCAAGUCUUGGACAAGCCUGCCGCGGGUGGAGAUGCAACACGUCGGGGAUACCCAGCACACGGAUGUCACCGGAUCGGCCGUCUCUCUGGUGAGCGUGGCCUUUAUCCCCGGCUACGGCUUGCCGCCGGCCAACCCUCUCUGGGGCGGAGCCACGGGCAUCUGGGUGGGCAACCUGCCCGGCCUUUGCCGCGAAGCCGAAUUCGACCUUUUCCUUCGCCGCCUGGGCUUCCCGAACGUGCGGAUGUCCAUGCCUCGCAAGGCCAAGACACCCAAGCGAAACAAGGGUUUUGUGUUUCUGCAUCCCGGAAAGACCAGGCUGUUGAUGUUGGUGAACGCCCUCUGGGGCCGCCGGCUCCUCCACCGCGCGCGCGAGCACCCGCUGGUGUUGCGGCCGCAGAACUUGCAUAGUCUGCAGGAGCGCUUCGGCCAGAUCUUGAAGCCAAGCAUGUAG